AAAUUUCAACACUGUCUCUGUUGGUGUUCAUUUGGUCUCCUUUACCGACUUCAACAUCUCCCUGAUUCGAUAUAACCUCCAUCUCCAUGGCCCAUCACUCUCACCGCCUCUCAUCAACCACUAUUUAAACCCUAAUCUUCACAACAUUCAAAACCCCAUUACCAAAUAUUCAAUAAAAAUCAGAUCUUUAACUUAUUCAAGAAACAUGUGCAAAGAUAUUAUCCUCACCACAACAAGUGCAGCAGUUGGGUUACUGUUAAUGUUGGUUGUGUUUGGUGGGUCAGUUCAGUUCGUUGAAUCUGCAAUAGGGGUGAACUGGGGCACUGUAUCUAACCACAGGUUGUCUCCUUCAACUGUGGUGGAUCUUCUUAAGGUUAACAAGAUUCAAAAAGUGAAGCUUUUUGAUGCAGAUCAAGAUUGUCUUAGGGCACUUAUGGGGUCUGGGAUUGAGGUCAUGGUUGGGGUCUCUAAUGAUCUGUUGGCUGCUGUUAGUUCAUCUACAACUGCUUCUGAUUUGUGGGUCUCUCAGAAUGUUACCAGAUAUAUGGUUAGAGGUGGAGCUAAUAUCAAGUACAUUGCAGUUGGAAACGAACCCUUCCUCUCAAGCUACAGUGGUCAAUUCCAGUCAUACGUAAUGCCAGCCAUAACAAAUCUACAACAAUCUCUCGCAAAAGCAAAUCUAGCCGGUACAGUGAAGCUAGUUGUCCCUUGCAACGCUGAUGCAUACGAAGCUUCUCUUCCUUCUCAAGGAGCAUUCCGACCCGAACUCACCCAAAUCAUGACAGAUCUCGUUACAUUCCUAAAUUCUAACGGUUCCCCGUUUAUCGUCAACAUCUACCCGUUUCUAAGCCUUUACGGAAACUCAGACUUCCCUCAAGACUACGCGUUUUUCGAAGGGACAACCCAUUCCGUCACCGACGGACCGAAUGUAUAUUAUAACGCGUUUGAUGGAAAUUACGACACUUUAGUUUCUGCCCUUAAUAAACUUGGAUUCGGGCAGAUGCCUAUAGUUAUCGGGGAGGUGGGCUGGCCCACAGAUGGAGCCGUAAACGCAAAUGUCAAUGCUGCUAGACUUUUUAAUCAAGGACUUAUAAAUCAUGUUUUAAGCAACAAAGGGACCCCGCUUAGACCCGGGCAGCCUCCGAUGGACAUAUAUCUUUUCGGUCUUCUUGACGAAGAAGCGAAAAGCGUGCUUCCGGGAAGUUUCGAGAGACAUUGGGGCAUUUUUUCAUUUGACGGGCAGGCAAAGUAUCCGUUAAACCUUGGUAACGGGCUGUUGAGAAAUGCAGAAAACGUUCAGUAUUUACCGUCCAGAUGGUGUGUUGCAGACCCGUUUAAAGAUUUAUCAGGUGUUGAAGAACAUGUUAAGCUCGCGUGUGCUGCUGCAGAUUGCACGACUUUAAACUAUGGCGGUUCAUGUAACGGGAUUGGUGAAAGGGGUAACAUUUCUUAUGCGUUCAACAGUUAUUACCAGGUACAGAAACAGAAUUCUCGGAGCUGUGAAUUCGACGGGCUUGGAAUGAUCACUUUUCAGAAUCCUUCAAUGGGUCAAUGCAAAUUUCUUGUCGGUGUUACCGAGAGGGUGGUCACUAAGCGUAUUUCACAAGGUUCACGCUUGCACAGCGGGUCUGUUAUUCUUUGGUUAUUGGUAUUUUGCUGGGGAGUUUUAAACUUAUGAGCACGGUUAUGUGAUGUUGGAUUUUUUGACGUUCCCGGAUCCCUUGAACCUUGUUAGUUAGAUAGUUCUACAUACCCAUUUACAGAUUACAUAAGUUCUUUAAACUUAUGCUAGAUGUUAAAAAUUUCAUGAGCUGCGCAUGUGCAUUCAGCAUUGUAAUAUAAGAUGUGAACAACCAGUAACACUUCCUUCGCGUUUAUUUUAAUCUUCCAAAA